UGUUUUUUCGAGAUCUGCCAUAAGAAAACAGGAGUGGGAUUUCUUGAUACCUGAGAAAAAAAAUCUUCUUGUUGGAGCUCUUUUCAAGGGCAAUCCUACGGUUUCUGAGACUACUCAGUGCAUGAGAGCACUCAUCCCCACGGGCCACAGAACACUACUGGGUUCUUUCCGUUCUUUCACUUUCUUUCUCUUCUGUCCAAAAUCAAGAAAUAACAGUGCUUCUUUUUAAAAUCUUGAAAAGCAGGUGGUGGUUGAUUAAUCAUUUUGUUUCCUUUUUAGUAUUGAUUUUACUUGCUCGUUUCAAGUUCAUGUUUAAGUAACUUGAAGAUUUCUAUGCUAAUUCUUUGACAUCUUAGAGCCCUUUUUAUUUCAAAACUCACAGAUUUGAUGCUGGAAAAAGGCUCUAGAAACCCUUGAUUCUUCUUCUCUGGAUACCAGUUUCAUAAGGGUUUUUAGAGUCCUGCCAAAGGUGUCCAAACUGUCUUUCAAAAUCUUCCUAAAUAGUCGUCACCGAUAAUUACUAGCUUUUCCAGGAUUACUUAACUAAUGAUUCUUGUGUUUAUCUGAAGAUUUUAUAUUUUAAAGUCUAUAUUUUGUAACUGCUUGUUUUAAAGAUUUUUGUAACUGCCUGUAUGUCAAUCAAGGCUCUCGUAUUUUUCUCUGAGUUUUGCGACAUAAGCAACCUCUUUGGGUUCUCCAUUGCUGACAUCAACUGAAAGAGUUCUCUUCUUUAGCAACAACAGGCUCUGUUUUCUUCAAAUCCUCUGUUUUCUCGAGUUCUGUUUUCUCAAAUUUGUGAGAGAAAUGGCGAGGCUUUUCAGUGUUUUCUCAUUAAGGAACUUACUGGUGCUGUCUCUAGCUCUUAACGUGAGCUUGAUUUUGAGAGUGCUGUAUGAGAAAGAGUCUGGAGUCAUUAGCGGUCUCUCUCUGGACAACAGGAGAGAGGCAUUGAGGACUGAUAGUAUGCCUAGUGAGGCACAUGCUACCCAGAGGGAACAUCUUUCUAUGCGCUCUUCUUCUUCGUCUUCUUCUACAGUGGAUAGCAAUGGCAGGGACAGAGUAAUCAAUCUUGAUCAUGGCGAUCCGACAAUGUAUGAGAGAUAUUGGCAACAGACGGGUGACAAAUCCACCAUUUUGAUUCCUGGUUGGCAAUCAAUGAGCUACUUCUCUGAUGCUGGGAGCCUGUGCUGGUUUUUAGAGCCAGAGUUUGCCAAAGAGAUAUUUAGACUACACAAAGUAGUUGGCAAUGCAGUCACCGAGGACCGCUACAUUGUUGUUGGGACGGGUUCGACACAGCUUUAUCAAGCUGUAUUAUAUGCACUCUCCCCCCUAGAUGCAGCGGAACCCCUUAGUGUUGUAUCUGCAGCUCCUUACUACUCUUCUUAUCCAUUAAUCACUGACUGCCUGAAGUCAGGGCUUUAUAAAUGGGCCGGUGAUGCACAGAGUUUCAAUAAAGAAGGACCGUAUAUUGAACUCGUUACCUCCCCUAACAAUCCAGAUGGGUUUGUCAGGCAGUCUGUUGUCAACAAAAGUGGGGGCAUCUUGGUUCAUGAUCUUGCAUAUUAUUGGCCGCAAUACUCGCCAAUAGCUGCCGCCGCUGAUCAUGACAUUAUGCUCUUCACUGUGUCGAAAAGCACAGGACAUGCUGGGAUGCGCAUUGGAUGGGCUCUUGUCAAGGAUGAAGAAGUAGCCAAAAAGAUGGUGAAAUACGUAGAGCUCAACACGAUCGGCGUGUCAAAGGAUUCGCAGCUUCGAGCAGCUAAAGUGCUGCAAGUAGUGACUGAUGGCUGCAAAUAUCCUCCCAGCAAAGAAGGGUCCCUCUUUGACUUUGCUGCCCACCUCAUGGAAGAGAGGUGGAAGUUAUUAAGGGCCGCAGUCAGGCAAAGUGGUCUCUUCACUUUGCCAGAGUUUCCCCCUGGAUCGUGCAGGUUUCUCAACAUCUCCUUCGCUCCUCGACCAGCUUUUGCAUGGUUGAAGUGCGAAGCCCCUAUAGAAGACUGCGAAGCCUUUCUCCGAUCUAACAACAUCUUAACAAGAAGCGGUAUACAUUUUGGCGUUGGACCACAAUAUGUUAGGAUAAGCAUGCUAGAUCGAGAUGAAAACUAUGAUGAAUUUGUAGAGAGAUUGUCCACCAUCCACCUGCGACAAUCCAUGCACGUAGAUGAGACGGCGGAAUAGCAUAGGCUUGAGCGUGUCUGUUUCCGUGGUUGCUUCUGCGUUUGAAACAAACCACGGAAACAAAACGUUUGGUAAAAUAGCAAACGCUAUUUACUGUGUACGGAACCCACCACAAUUAACGUUUUAAACGCGAGUUAGCCGAAAGCAAUAUCCAUCUGCUUCUCCUUUCCUGCCGCAUUUGUGCAUGCGUGCUCUGCACAGGAAGAGUGUAAUUAAAAUUGUGAGUAGGGGAAGAAAGGCUCACCCGGUGCUGAAGGCUGGAGACGAAGAAGAUGGUGACGAUCUGGCCAGACAAUGUCCUAUCUCGUUUUCCAUUUAUCUCCUGCCCUUUUUGUGUUCUCUGGGUCCUUUUAUUCUCUCUCCGAUCUUGUUCUACUUUUUUUUUCUUGUUCCCUCUCUUUGUUUUUUUCCUUUUUUUUCUCUGUUUUUUCACCGUGUUUUUCUCCAGUAUUUUCUCCCUGUUCUUGCAUCUGUGUAUUAGUUUUGCAGGAGAAGUGAACAGUGUCAUGUGAAUUAAUUCAUGUGGCAUGUUCACUGUUCACUUGAAUAGUGCCAGCUGAAUUUCACUUGGUACUGUUCACAUGAACAGUGUCUCCAUUGCUCAUUGGACCGCGUUCGACCUGGUAAAAUUUUUUUAUUUUUUUAAUUGUGUUUUACUUGAAAAAGUAGUGUUUAAUAUUAAUCAAUAACAUUGUAUAAAUUAGAAGGA